AGGAAAACUCUCGAGAAACUGAAAAGGGUAGUAGAAUGGGUGAAGAAGAGGAACUCAAGAUCUCCAUGGACAUGCUUUUCACUUUUGCAACACUAACCAAUUCUUGAAAGGCCUUUUUUUACGCGCCUGUUGCUGAAAUUUUUCUGCCCUUCAACUCAAUAUCUCAUGAUCAAUGUGAGUCGUUUAACAAGGAAGACAUGUUUAUUAGUAGGAAACUGUAUAAAGCCGGUGAUGGCGGUGUGGCGAGAGAUCUCAUUUGCACAGGCUGCCAGCUUUGUGGUUCCCCAUUGAAGCUCGACAGUUAUAUGUGUGGGACAAAGCGGAUUAUGCACCGUUCCUGGUCAGAAACAAGGCCGCAGAGCUCUUGUUCGGGAACAUCAGGGCUGAAAGAGUGUUCGUACUAUAAGGGGAAAAAGCAAGCCGGAAAAGUUGAUUCGAAAGAUGUUCCGACACAUACUAGUCUAAAUGCCAAAGCGGCCUGGCAACCUAAAGCGGCUGAGGGAGGUGUUGUGGUUUCUUAUUCAGCAGACAGAGACAAGAAGAGCUUGGAAUCAAAGGGGAAACACUGCUGAAAACAAUGCUGCAGCAAGGAAAGAACAACCCUUUGAAAUUCGAAGUCAAUGCAAAUGCCGUUUUUGUUUAGACAAGGCAAAUGGGAGGUUUGAAAUGGUUUCUGUGCAGUUGCCAUGCUUCAAAACCAAAUAAUCUUCAAACUAUGUAUUGUUUAUCAAGAAUUAAGAGUUUCUCUUUGUAA